AUGCCUGAAGAGCUUCACAGAAAACACCCCCAUGAGAAGCAGACCGGGAGCAAGGCGUCCAAGGGAGGCAGGCACACGGAGCUGCUGCCUGCGCCCCCAUUCAGGGGAUUCAUGAAAACGAGCAGACACUACUACAUAUCACCGCCCGCCCCAGCUGGGCAGAAGGGUGCCCUGAGCCCCGCCGAGAAGACGGAGGCGGCCGGGGACCGCCUGGUCCGAGCGGGGCUCGGGGACGCGGGGCUCCGGGACGCGGGGCUCCGGGACGGCUUUCCGCGGAAAUGUCAGCAAGCGCGGCCGCCCGAGUCCGGUCUCCGCGCGCCAUCCCGGCCCCCGCGGCCCCGGGCCGAGCCUGCGCGCUCGCGGGGAGGGGGCGUGGGGCCGAACCCGCCCGCCCGCUCCCCACGCCCCCUCUCCCGCCCGCUGUCAGGCCCCGGUGUCACUGCCCCUGACUCGCGCCGAGCUCCCCCGAGACACAGUCCGUCCUUUGUCUGUGAGUGCGCACUCGGCGCCGAGGUCCCAUCAACUUGUGUGCGUCCCGUCCCACCCGGGCGCUCCCGCCGCCGCGCCGCUCCACACAAAGGAGACCGGGGCUCGGGCGGCCGGGCCGCCCCGGGCACCGGAGCGCCCCCAACCCGGCCCCGGCGCCUCGGGAGGGGCUGGCGCGCAAGGGGACCACCCCCCACCCUCCGCUCGGCGCCCGCCCGGGCUCCCGCCUCAGGGGCACCCCGGGAAAGCCCGCUCGGGGGUGGGGGGAAUUACCCGGACCGGCUGAGCGGCAGCGGGGAUGUCCCGCCGCCGCCGCCCCACGCCGAGCUCCGGAGCCCGGCCGACCGGCCGGCCCGACAGCGCGCCGCCCCGAUUGGCGGGACGCGAGGCGGGCUCCUAUCCAAUCACAGGGCCCGCCGGGCUCGGAGGCGCCGAGCCAGCCCCACGCUGAGGCGCCCGCGGGACUCGGCGGGGCCGGGCCGGCGGCGCGUGCGCGCGGGCGGGCAGGCGCUGAGGGACGCUGCCGCCCGAGUGGAAGCGCCGCGCCGGCUCUUUGUUCUUUUCGCCGAACGCCCGGCGCCUCUCAUGAAGGCGGCGGGUCCGGCGCUCGGGGAAGAAGGGCCUCCAGAGCCCGAUUCCCCGAACCGCGGGCGGGAAGGCGGGCUGGGCGGGGUGGCGGGAACCGGCCGGAGGGCGGGACGGCGCGCUCGCAGCGCUUGGCGGGAACCGCCGCCUCGGUGUUCCCGGGCCGGAGGGGCGGGGCGGGGCCGAAAGCCAAGUUUGAACCAGUUCAAAACUCGGGGGUGGUAA